AUCAGCUGAUUGAAGCUGAUUUAUACAAUGCGGUUGGUUCUGGUUCAAUAAAGUUUUUCUCUCCAGUAAAAAUAGUAUAAAGUGCAUAUUAUUAGUGGAAAUAUAAAGUUUUCAAGUGCGUCGCUGCCAACACCAAUUGCAUAUAACAAUAAUGGACGUCGACAAAACAUUGCUGAACCCAAACAAUGAUCACAAAUCAGAUAUAAAAACGCCUUUUCUGAUUGGAGUGGCGGGUGGAACAGCUAGUGGAAAGUCGACAGUAUGUAAAAAGAUAAUGGAACAGCUGGGUCAAGCUGAUAUGGAGCAAGCGCAACGGCAGGUGGUUACAAUCAGCCAAGAUAGCUUCUACCGCGAAUUAACAGCAGCGGAAAAAAUAAAAGCGCAAAAGGGCCUCUUCAAUUUUGAUCACCCGGAUGCGUUCAAUGAAAAUUUGAUGUAUGACUCAUUGCAGGAUAUAUUAAAGGGCAAAAUUGUUAAAGUGCCAUGCUAUGAUUAUCGCUCAAAUUCGCUUGAUCAUGAAAACAUGCUAACUAUCUAUCCGGCUGAUGUGGUGCUUUUUGAAGGCAUACUCGUUUUCUAUUUUCCCAAAAUUCGUGAUCUCUUUCAUAUGAAACUAUUUGUGGAUACCGACUCUGAUACACGUUUGGCGCGAAGAGUACCGCGUGAUAUCAAUGAACGCGGACGGGAUUUAGACGCUGUACUAACACAGUAUAUGACUUUCGUUAAGCCGGCUUUUGAAGAAUUUUGCUCCCCGACGAAAAAAUUCGCAGAUGUUAUAAUACCACGCGGCGCUGAUAACACCGUUGCCAUCGAUUUGAUUGUCCAGCAUAUACGCGAUUUCCUCAACAAUCGUUCGCGUUACGGCUCCUCGACGAAUAUCGCUUACUGCACAAAUGCCGAUCACGAACAUGGUCCUACAAAUGGUAUUGGCUUUAGAGGUACUACUGCUGUCAGCGGCGGCGGAGAUCCCGAUUCGUUUAUGGCCAUACGCCGUUAUUCGUCACUCUGCAAUGAGCUCACCACGAAGGAUAAUGUCUUCUUUGGCAAACACAAGAAUAUAACGCAACAUUAGUGGAGCUUAAGUGCUAUGAAAUACUUACAUACAUAUACGUCAUAUCUAUUUUUGUAGAGAAAAAAGUAAUGAAAUCCAGCAGUUGAUUUUUGAAGAAAAUUUAAGAAAA